UAAGAGGGGAAGUUUUAAAGUGAUUUAAGGGACGAAAGUUUCAGAACUCGUUACGUCCUCGCGCUGACUGUGUGGAGACGGAAGAGAAAGUGUGUUUCUCUAAGUUUGUGUCCUGAGUUUUUCAGAGUAUAGAAGUUGAAAAUGAGUAUUAAUCGAAAUGCAACUGCAGACCUUUGCAGUGAAGGAGUCGCCGGGAACAUCGAAGGAAACGAAGUUACACCCUUAUUAACAUAUGGAUCAGCGCCGCCCAAAGGAGCCUCCUUCGCCUCCUCUGUGUUUAACCUGAUGAACGCCAUCAUGGGCAGCGGCAUCUUGGGUCUCGCUUAUGUUAUGGCUAACACUGGAAUAUUGGGUUUUUGUAUCCUGUUAUUACUAGUGUCCACCCUGGCAGCAUACUCUAUACACCUCCUUCUGAAGCUAUGUGACCAAACAGGUAUAAAUUCAUAUGAAGAACUUGGAGGAAGAGCUUUGCAAAAACCAGGAAAAGUUCUGGUUGGAAUUUCUAUUAUCAUCCAAAAUAUGGGUGCUGCGCGUCUCAGACGGCGGAGAGCCGAGGCGAUCGCUCCUCUGCCGUCAUUAGCGGCACGGCCAAGUGGAUUAUGGCCGUGCCCUCUGGGCAUUUUUGACCAUAGAUCCAUGUCAUCCUAUUUGUUCAUCCUGAAGUCAGAGCUUCCUGCAGCCAUCGACAGCUUCUUGAACCCAGAAAGCAUAGGGUGGGUCCGUGAAACGCUGUCAGCUCACUUCUCCGCCAAUAAGGACAUUUCGUUUUUAAAUCUGUCACAGCUACAUGCCUGGUAUGAAGAUGGCAGGUUGCUUCUCGUCCUCGUCACACUUUGUGUUGUACUACCUCUGUCCAUGUUGCCUAAAAUUGGUUUCCUGAGCUACACGAGCAGCAUUGCCUUUUUCUUUAUGCUGUACUUUGCAAUCGUGGUUGUGGUCAAGAAAUGGUCCAUCCCUUGCCCGCUGCCUCACAAUGUGACGACGCUCUCAGGUGCCUUCAAGAUAUCAAAUUCCUCUGACUCGGAAUGUACACCCAAACUCUUUGCCAUCUCCAGUAAGAGUGGCUACGCCAUCCCCACCAUGGCCUUCUCCUUCCUGUGCCACACGGCCAUCCUGCCGAUCUACUGCGAACUGGACCGGCCUACGAAGGCCAGGAUGCAGAACAUUACCAAUAUCAGCAUUGGCCUCAGCUUCCUGCUUUACCUCAUUUCUGCUCUGUUUGGCUACCUCACCUUCUACGCUCACGUGGACUCUGAGCUGUUGCUCGGCUACGAUGCCUACAUGCCUCGGGACAUCAUGGUGAUGGUGGUUCGACUGGCCAUCCUGCUCGCUGUGUUGCUGACUGUUCCUCUCAUUCACUUCCCUGCCCGGAAGGCUGCCAUCUUGCUGCUGUUUGGAGGGCGGCCCUUUUCCUGGCUGAUCCACAUCUUCGCCACUCUAAUCAUCCUCGGUGGCGUGCUUCUGCUCGCCAUCGUUGUGCCCGAUAUCAGAAAUGUGUUUGGAGUAGUGGGAUCCACAACAUCAACCUUGCUGUUGUUUGUUUUCCCCGGCAUGUUCUACCUCAAGCUCAACACGGGACCCCUCAGAUCCUUUGACUCCAUUGGGGCUAUACUUAUGGUGGUCGUCGGUGUCGUUAUGGGAAUCCUCAGCUUCUCCAGCAUUGUCAUCACAUGGGCACAGAACUCGUAACCCCCUCUCUGCCAGCCUUUCAGGGUAAAGCGUGCCAAAUAAACUGAACAGUGGAUCCCAGAAGGCCCUUGGCUGCUUCACCUCAAGCUGAUUAUUUGUUGUUAAGUUGUUCCCAACACUAGACCAGGGUUUGUUUCUCAUCUUUCUAACCUGCAAACAUAGACCAAAUUUAAAAGCACUUUUCAUGUAAUGCUUCUGUGCAUUGUUGUUUACACACUAACUUGUGACAUGCACCCAAUUCAGGGCAAUGUUUUCUUCCAAAAUCAAAGAUCUUCUUCAGCCUUUAUCACCUCUUCUUCAGCUUUAUUUGCUGACAGCCUUUGUAUUGUACUGUGUGAAUGAAUAUGAAAUGUAUCUACACCAAUCUGCAGUAUUUUAAGAAUACCGUUGACCAAGUCUAAACCAUGAAGGAGUCGGGUUUACCUCUUUCUCAAAUUGUGUUUGUAUCUAAAACUUUGAAAAUGUUCCACAAUCACAAAUGUUCAUUAUCCGGGUUUUUUUAGCAUUUUGUUUUAGUUUGUUUUCUGUCAAGUUAUUUUCUUUAAUGCAUGUACCUUUCUGCUGCUGCUUGAAUUCUUUACUUCUCAAUGAAUGUGACCGAAAUGAUUUAUACUGUUCAAAUUACUGGCAUUUAAUACAAGUGAAAUUGUUCAUAUCCCGAUGUGUCGGUUCUCUCAGUUAACCAGUAACGUGUUUUUGUGAGUGUUGUGUAAAGCUCCUCCGUGGAGCCUGUCACAUUGACGGCUGUGUGUUUGAUUGGCAGGCAGAGUAUUGAUGCUGAGACUUGCUCCUCAGCGUAGUGCUGUGGGUUCAGCCCGUCGCUAAUGAAAGCCACAUGCUCGGUACGGUUCUAAUCACGAUGCUGUUUAGAUUGUCUUCAUGCUGCCUCUGGAACUCACAGCCAUCCGACUGCUGCUUUCAAUCUAAGGAAUUACGCAGUCCGGCCCCGCCGUCCCUGCAGAAAGCAGUUGCUGCCUGCGCUUCACGCCCCCAUAAAGAGGUUCCCCCAGUCCAGGAAAUAUCCCAAUCCCUCCACCCCCCACUGUGAAGGACACUCCCAGAGAGAAAGUCCAACAACUACUACUAACACUGCAUAUUUGGUGGUUGGCGGUGGAAGAAGUACUCCGACCCUUUCCUUCGAUAGAAGUAACUGCACACAAAUACUCUGUUACAAGACCUUCAUUCAAAGCCCUACAAGUUAAGAUACAUGUCCCCUGUGACUGCUUUUACAUUUAGAUUUUAAUUAAAAUAUGACACUUAUACUUUUGAUACUGAUGUGUCAAUGUAAGAGUAGCUUGUUCCUAGCCGGUCAAAGUGAAGACAUGUAGUUUAGUUGUUCCCAACGUCAGGGUCAGUCCCCUACUGAGGGGCCACAAGACGACGUCUCAGGGACUCGGGCUCUUUAGUGAAAACGGUUAAAAACCACUGGUUUAAUUUGUACUGUUGCACUGUAUGUCAUAAGUCUAUUGUGUAUUUUUUUAUGUUAAACAUUAAUAUAAAUGAAGCCAAUUAAAAAGUAGAAUACCGUAA